UCGUAUAUAUAAUGAGUUGAAAGAAAAUAGACCCAGACUGAGAAGCUUGAUUUGAGCUGGUGUAAAGAUGGCCUGUUGUGAAAAAAUUGUGGUCUUUGUGUGUUUGUGUGGUAUGAUAUAUUUAUUACAUGCCGCUCCUUUAGCCAGACGAAUGGUAGAUAUGACAUAUACCUUUGAUGAAAAAAUAAAUCAUUUCCCCAUCGUUAAUGGAUUUAAAAAGGACGUCGUGUUAAAUGGCACAGGAAUGGGCAAUAUGUGGUGGUUGGCAGAAGACUAUUCAGCGUCAGUCCAUCUCGGUACUCACAUGGAUGCUCCUGCACAUACUUCUCCAACUGGUCUAACUGUAGACCAGCUCCCUUUACACCAUCUCAUUGCCCCAGCAGCCGUCAUAGACAUCACAGCAAAAGCUGAAUUAGAUCCAGACGCAGAAAUAACCGUGGAAGACCUCCUGAAUUGGGAAUCCAUUACCGGCCACACCUUGAAUGAAACCAUCGUUCUUAUGAAGUCAGGAUGGGGCAAAAAGUGGAACAAUCAAACUGCUUACUUAGGUUCUCCUGACCUUGAUAUAAGUAAUGCCAAAUUCCCAGGUUUGGCACCGGAAGCAGCUACUUGGUUGAUUGAAAACAGAAACAUUUACGGUUAUGGAACGGACGCUGUACAUUUAGAUAAAGGAUCGAGAUCUGAUACGUUUCCAGUUCACCAGACUUUGUUGCCAAAUAAUGUUUUUGGCUUGGAGAAUGUGGCCAAUGUGGAUCAAAUUCCAAUAUAUGGCGCCACUCUUUAUGUUAUGCCUAUGAAAAUCGGAGGUGGGAGUGGAGCGCCUACGAGGAUAAUUGCCACUUAUCCAGAAGUUAUUUAUGACACUUUGUUAUCAAGAAAAUAGAAAUGUCAAGCGUUUUGUGGCAUUAUCAUCAGAAAUAUUUGUGUUUUAUCUUUAAAAGGACUUGAAUGAUUAAAAACAGUUUUAUAUUACUUAUUUAUAUUAAAGCAGAAGAUUUAUUUUA